GCGCAUCCCACCUUCCAUGCUGGCUGGCGUGGGCUUUCUUUGAAGCUAUGAUACAUGGCUCUUCCCCCCUUGCCAUUCUGGACAAUGAUAGGCAUUUCUACUUGUUCGCAAUGCUCUUCAUCUCCUCCUCAUGCCGCGGUUGAUUGCACCAAAAGGGAGGCAAUCCCCUCUCCGCCCGCAUCCUCACUCCCCGCUUGCUUGACACAUCAAUCGCUGAGUAAAAUUUUUCAUCGUGUUCACGCUUAAGGUAUAAAUGCCGGCGGUGCAGCAGGUUUCCGACAAGCUGUUCUCGAACACAGCACUGGGGUUGAUCGCGCAUUGCCUGUUUGGAUUUUUGUAUGGUGCAGCUUGGCAAUCGGACUGGCCCAGUAUGCGAGUUCUGCUACUUUUUGUUUUGUGUUCAGUUGCUAAAUGGGAAUUACAUUGCCGACAAUCGGUACUGUGCUACGUUCCUUCACCGCCCUAUCCAAUCCGUAGUCAUGCCGGCUCUGAGGGCAAGCAGUCGCCACCAGAGGAGGAUCACCGCGCAGCUGUCGCAGCACACUCGGCUGCAGUGUCCGUUAUCAGAGAUGAGAAUCGGCAGCAGCAGUCUCUGCCCACCCACCUUCCGAUGUCGGCAACUGACCCAAGGCAUCCCCACUACCAUGGCCCGUACCAUGUCAACCGGCCGAUCUAUGCAAUGGAAUCGGUGUCAGACCAGCGCAGUACAGUGUCGCCACUGGUCGCCGAGAGCGGGCGACUGCACAGUGGAGGGCAAUCUCUGGAACAAAGCAGCGAUCUCCAGUCGGCAUCUCCUGGACGCCAGUAUCGGGCCAAAGGCAGCAUCAGCUUGCAUAUGAAAGGCAUGGAGAGUGGACCGCAUGGGCAUCCGCAUACACAGAUGCGGACGAUCCCGCCGCUGGCAUUGGCGCCAGCACACCAAGCCGUGUCUUCCCCAAUGAAGCCUCCAAUGCAGCCGCUGACACCUCAGCAGCUGCAGAGCGAGCAUGAUGCUGGACGGCGUUCGUCAUUGGCAUCGAUUCUGGCCGACAACCAGGGCCCGUAUCCGCAUGCCCCGCGCCCCUCGUCUACCACCCCGACCAGGCCCAUCCAGCAGCAGCACUCUGGAAUUCGCCACCUACUUGCACCGGACACCCGUAGGAAUUCGGAGGACGACAUGCACCAGCGUCGCGUGCGCGGCGAGUACCGGGAUACUGCGGCUGUCAGUACUCCGGGCCGUGUGGCUGCUGGCCACUCGUCGCAGCCCAGCACGAGCAACUCUUCAUCGGACAUUCCUGAGAUGAUGCGCCAGUUUGACUACGAACCCCGGGAUCCGUCUGACCCGGCAUAUGUGCGCGGCGAGCGGCAGCACAUCGACAUGCUGGUCGAGCGUAUGCGCAACAUGGCCAGCUUGGCGUCGCCGAGCGAACUGUCUAGCAUUGCCCAGCAGAUUCUCUUGUAUGUCGAGUCUGAGAGCCGGCGGCGCCAGAUGCAAAGCGAGCGACAUGACCGCGUCGUCGCCAUUCUGGCGGACAUCAUCUCCAACACUCCUGUAUCGACACCAGCCACUGCUGCCUCCCGGCGCUCAUCGGUGAUGCAGGAGUGGGUGCAGCAGCCAGUCGCUGGUAGUCGGCGCGGGUCAGACAACCAGCAGUUGGUACUGGCACCAGCGGUCCGAGGCAGCCAGUCCGUGCUCACUUCUGCUGCUAUCGCUCCAACUCCAACAGCCUCUGUCACGGAGGACGCACGCAGCCCAGCAGCUGAUAGUGAGUCUGUGCAGCGCAGCUUUCAAGCAGCGGGCCACCGCAGUGAGUCGCUGCCGACAAUCUCGCCGAUCAUGUCAUCGCGUGGGUCGCCGGCUGUCUCUGAUGCGCAUGCUCCCCAGCAGUCUCCCUCACGGGCGUCUAACUAAACUGUGAUACCUUCACUAGGUUCAUUCAUAAGCGUUGCGUACAUGCGAAGAUGCAUUAAGAAACAGGAGCGACUCAGUGGCAUCACCCACUGAAUUACAAUACUUGCUUAUACUUUCAUCAUAAUUAGUAAUCUUCAUCCUUGCUGCCUGUCGAUAUGCCUGUAAAAGGAAUCGUUCGACAGGUACCCUUUUGAAUACAUAAUCACAUUUUUAGUCAGCUAUAUAAUCUUCAGUUUUUACCUCAAAAUACACGCUCUUGCCACAGGCGUCCAACCACACCUUAUAUACCAACCCAUUCAUAGUCCUCGUCUCAAUAUAUCACUCUUCCCAC